AUGCUCACGAAACGGCCUUUGAGAGUUGGCAAUGCGUCGGGCGCCACAGGCGACAGUCCCAAUGCCAUGCGCCGCAUGGCACAGGACGGCAACAUUGAUGUGAUUGUAGGUGAUUGGCUAUCUGAAAUGAACAUCGCCUGGAAUGCCAUCGCCAAGUCCCAGGAUCCUUCUCUCGGCUACGAGGCCGGGUUUCUCAUGCAGCUAGGCGAGUCAAUCGAUUUGAUCGUCGAACGCGACAUCAAGGUAGUCACAAAUGCUGGAGCAUUGAAUACCGCUGCUCUUGCGGGAGAGACCCGGAAAAUGUGUCUGGAACGAGGGCAUCGUGAGACCAAGAUUGCGAUGGUUUUGGGGGACGAUAUCUCGGAUUUGAUCAAAGACCCUGAAACCCGCCGCGGCCUGGUUCAUUUGGAUCAUGCCGACUGGCAAUUCGAAGACUGGCCCAUGGAAGCCCACUGUGGGGUGGCGUAUAUAGGUGCGUGGGGAAUCGUCGAAGCUCUUAAUGCAGGGGCCAAUAUCGUGAUUUGUGGCCGGGUGACUGAUGCCUCUCCCGUAAUUGGAGCUGCGGCUUGGUGGUAUCAGUGGCACCGAGAUGCUUGGGAUAGUUUGGCGGGGGCUUUAGUUGCAGGCCAUCUGAUUGAGUGUGGCCCAUAUGUCACUGGAGCCAAUUUCUCAGGCUUCAAAGAGCUGCUCCCACAACUUGUCGACCUCUCGUUUCCAAUCGCAGAAAUCAGCGAAGAUGGGACGUGCGUCAUUACAAAGUGUGAACAGUAUGCUGGCGCGGUCACCAAGCACAACACCACUGCCCAAUUUCUAUAUGAGCUCCAAGGGGAUCAUUACUUGAAUCCGGAUGUUGUGGCGAAUCUCCACAAUGUUCAGAUCCAGGAUCUUGGUCCAGAUAGAAUCCGCGUCUGCGGAAUCACUGGAGUUCCUCCUCCAGCAACCACCAAAGCAAUUAUUGCGGCUCCUGGCGGAUACCAAGCCGAGGCCACGUUUUAUAUCAACGGGCUUGAUGUGGCCGAGAAGACAGAGAUGAUGCGCAACCAACUUUCACAUAUCUUCCGGGAUCACCGAUUCAGCAAGCUUUCCAUCGAGCUAUAUGGCUCGCCUGCGGUGGAUCCCAAGAGCCAGCAAGCGGGAACGGUCUCGUUGCGCGUGUUUGCCCAAGCCAGGAAUUUGGAGGAUAUCUUCGCAUCGAAGUUUAAAAUUCCAAUUUAUGCAUUGCGUAUGCAGAGCUAUCCCGGGUACCAUAUGAAUCUCGACUUCCGUACUAUGGACCCAAAGCCAUUCAUGGAAAUCUUCCCGGCAACAAUAAACUGCAGUCUUCUCGAGCACCGUGUGCAUUUCUUACCAGAUGGACCAGAGCUCCCAAUUACGGCGUCACCUUCAACGACAAAACCCAUGGCACGGCCCUCAUACGAAACCCUCCACCCAACUCCACUAUCCACGUUUGGACCAACACAGCAAGCUCCGCUGGGAAGCAUCGUCCACUCCAGAUCUGGCGACAAAGCAAACAACAGCAACAUCGGAUUUUUCGUGCGCAACGAAGAUGAAUACCCGUGGCUGCAAUCAUUCCUGACGACUCCGCGGUUGAAAGAAUUGUUCGGUGAGGACUGGCUUGAAAAAACCGAAGACGGUAUCGAGAGACGCGUGGAGCGAUGCGAGUUUCCCGGUAUUUUGGCCGUGCAUUUCCGGGUCUUGGACUUCUUGGAUGGGGGCAUUGCGAGUUCUAGUAGGAUAGAUGGGCUCGGCAAGGGAGUUGGGGAGUAUCUGCGCAGCCGAGUUGUGCCAGUGCCCGUGAAGUUCUUGGAAAGAGGGUGGAUAUAG